AUGCUGACUAAGUUCGAGACCAAAAGUAAUAGAGUGAAGGGACUCAGUUUCCACAGCAAGCGACCCUGGAUCCUUGCGAGUCUUCACAGUGGCGUGAUCCAGCUAUGGGAUUACCGAAUGGGGACCCUUAUUGACAGAUUCGACGAGCAUGAUGGUCCUGUCAGAGGUGUUCAUUUCCAUAAUUCUCAACCCCUCUUUGUCUCUGGAGGGGAUGAUUACAAGAUUAAGGUUUGGAACUAUAAGAUGCAUAGGUGUUUGUUCACUCUUCUAGGACACCUUGAUUAUAUCCGUACUGUGCAAUUUCAUCAUGAGAACCCAUGGAUUGUAAGUGCCAGUGAUGAUCAGACCAUUCGCAUUUGGAACUGGCAGUCACGUACCUGUAUAUCUGUUUUAACUGGGCACAAUCAUUAUGUUAUGUGUGCCACUUUCCAUCCAAAAGAGGAUAUUGUUGUUUCAGCCUCCCUGGAUCAGACUGUUCGUGUUUGGGAUAUCGGUUCUCUCAAAAGGAAGGCUGGGCCUCCUGCAGAUGACAUUCUACGAUUGAGUCAGAUGAACACUGAUCUUUUUGGAGGUGUUGAUGCAGUUGUCAAGUAUGUAUUGGAAGGUCAUGAUCGAGGUGUCAACUGGGCUGCUUUUCAUCCUACACUGCCUCUGAUUGUCUCUGGAGCUGAUGACCGACAAGUGAAACUUUGGAGGAUGAAUGACACUAAGGCAUGGGAAGUGGAUACUUUGAGAGGGCACAUGAAUAAUGUUUCAUGUGUUAUGUUCCAUGCCAAACAAGACAUCAUUGUGUCAAAUUCUGAGGAUAAGAGUAUUCGAGUAUGGGAUGCCACAAAGCGGACUGGAAUUCAAACUUUCCGCAGGGAGCAUGAUCGGUUUUGGAUUCUUGCUACACAUCCUGAAAUGAAUUUGUUGGCAGCUGGUCAUGACAGUGGCAUGAUAGUCUUUAAGCUGGAGAGAGAAAGGCCUGCUUUUGCAGUUAGUGGUGAUUCUUUAUUCUACACGAAAGACCGAUUCUUGCGUUUCUAUGAAUUUUCAACUCAGAGAGAGACACAAGUACUUACAAUUCGACGACCUGGCUCUUCAAGUCUGAAUCAAAGUCCAAAGACUCUUUCCUACAGCCCUUCUGAAAAUGCAGUCCUUCUCUGUUCAGAUGUGGAUGGGGGAUCUUAUGAGUUGUAUUGCAUAUCCAAAGAUGGCACAAAGGACAGUUUUGGUAGGGGUGAUAUGCAAGAACCAAAGAAAGGCCUUGGAGGAUCUGCAAUCUUUGUGGCUAGGAAUAGAUUUGCCGUGCUUGACAAAGGAAGCAACCAAGUCUCUGUUAAAAAUCUGAAAAAUGAGCUUGUGAAAAAGAGUGCCCUCCCGAUUGUAGCUGAUGCUAUAUUCUAUGCUGGAACAGGCAACUUGCUAUGUAGGUCAGAGGAUAGGGUUUUUAUAUUUGAUCUACAGCAGAGGAUUGUUAUAGGUGAUCUUCAGACCCCUUUUAUAAAGUAUGUAGUCUGGUCCAAUGACAUGGAAAAUGUUGCUCUGCUCAGUAAACAUGCGAUUGUGAUUGCUAGCAAGAAGCUUGUGCAUCAAUGCACCCUUCAUGAGACAAUCCGAGUAAAAAGUGGAGCCUGGGAUGACAAUGGCAUUUUUAUUUACACUACAUUAAAUCAUAUCAAGUACUGCCUUCCCAAUGGAGAUAGUGGGAUAAUAAAAACACUGGAUGUCCCAAUUUAUAUCACGAAGGUUGUUGGAAACACCAUCUUCUGCUUGGGUAGGGAUGGGAAAAACAAGGCUAUAACUGUUGAUGCUACAGAAUAUAUCUUUAAGCUUUCCUUGUUGAAGAAAAAAUAUGACCAUGUAAUGAACAUGAUAAAGAAUUCACAGCUUUGUGGGCAGGCUAUGAUUGCUUAUCUACAACAGAAAGGGUUUCCUGAAGUUGCCCUCCAUUUUGUGAAAGAUGAGAGAAUACGAUUCAAUUUGGCUUUGGAGAGUGGCAACAUUCAAAUAGCAGUUGCAUCAGCAACAGCAAUUGAUGAAAAAGAUCACUGGUACCGAUUAGGGGUUGAAGCUCUUCGACAAGGUAACUCUGGUAUAGUAGAGUAUGCAUACCAGAGGACCAAAAAUUUUGAGAGACUAUCAUUCCUUUAUCUCAUUACUGGUAAUGUGGACAAACUUUCAAAAAUGUUGAAAAUAGCUGAAGUGAAAAAUGAUGUGAUGGGUCAGUUUCACAAUGCCCUAUAUAUGGGUGACAUAAGAGAGCGUAUUAAGAUCUUGGAGAAUGUGGGACAUUUGCCUCUUGCUUACAUCACUGCAUCAGUGCAUGGGCUACAUGAUGUUGCUGAAAGGCUUGCGGCUGAACUUGGUGAUAAUAUUCCAUCUUUGCCUGAGGGGAAAGUACAAUCUCUCUUGAUGCCACCAUCACCUGUAUUGUGCGGUGGUGAUUGGCCCCUUCUUAGGGUCAUGCGGGGAAUAUUUGAUGGUGGUUUUAACAAUAUGGAUAAAGAUGCUGAUGAUGAAGAGUAUGAGGCUGCUGAUGGUGAUUGGGGUGAGGAACUUGACAUGGUUGAUGUUGAUGCGUUACAAAAUGGAGAUGUGGCUGCAAUUUUGGAUGAAGUAGAAGUGGCUGAAGAGGAUGAUGAAGAAGGUGGAUGGGAGCUGGAAGAUUUAGAGCUUCCCCCUGAAGCCGACACACCAAAAGUUUCUGUCAGUUCACGAUCUUCAGUUUUUGUGGUGCCAACACCUGGGAUGGCAGUUAGCCAGAUAUGGAUUCAGAGAUCAUCUCUUGCAGCUGAUCAUGUAGCCGCUGGCAAUUUUGACACUGCAAUGAGAUUACUGAACAGGCAACUCGGGAUAAGAAACUUUGCCCCCUUGAAAUCUAUGUUCCUGGAUCUACAUGCUGGCAGCCAUUCCUAUCUGCGUGCCUUUUCAUCCGCUCCAGUUGUAUCAAUUGCUGUUGAAAGAGGUUGGACUGAGUCAUCUAGUCCAAAUGUGAGAGGCCCACCAGCACUUCCUUUCAAAUUGUCUCAAUUAGAUGAAAAACUCAAAGCUGGUUACAAGGCAACAACUGCUGGGAAAUUUACUGAUGCUCUUCGCACCUUUACCAAUAUUCUUCAUACAAUUCCUUUGAUUGUUGUUGAGUCAAGGAGGGAGGUUGAUGAUGUGAAAGAAUUGAUUAUCAUAGUGAAAGAGUAUGUUUUGGGGCUGCAGAUGGAGCUAAAAAGAAGGGAAAUUAAGGACAAUCCAGCACGCCAGCAAGAGCUUGCUGCUUAUUUCACCCACUGCAAUCUUCAACCGCCUCACUUGAGGCUAGCUUUGCUGAAUGCCAUGACUGUCUGCUACAAGGCAAAGAACCUUUCCACGGCUGCUAACUUUGCCAGGAGGCUACUUGAGACCAAUCCUACUGUUGAAAACCAAGCUAAGACAGCCCGGCAAGUGUUGGCAGCUGCAGAAAGAAAUAUGACUGAUGCAUUACAAUUGAACUAUGAUUUCCGAAACCCAUUUGUAAUUUGUGGGGCAACCUAUGUGCCCAUUUAUCGUGGACAAAAGGAUGUCUCUUGCCCCUAUUGUACUUCCCGUUUUGUGCCAACCCAAGAGGGACAGCUAUGUGCUGUGUGUGAACUUUCGGUGGUAGGGGCGGAUGCUUCUGGAUUGCUCUGCUCUCCUUCCCAGAUUCGUUGA